AGUGCAGCGCGGCGGUCGCCAGUAACGUCCGAGGCAGCGGUCUGAGAAAGUGACAGGCGGCGGAUUCCAUCUUCCUGCGCUGGCGACGGCUGCUGCGAGGUCCCCGCUCAUGUGGGUCUCCCGAGUGUCCGGUCUCGGUAUCUCCCGGCUCCUCACCUCCCGCUUGGGGCUGUCGCUCGGCACCGAUCUUCCGUGCCGGCGAGUGGUCACGGGAAGGCAUGGGGCGCUCGGGCUGCAGUACCACCUGAGCGACACUGGAGGGCGCGCUGUGAACGUCGGUCACAGCUGUAGUCGGCGCUCAGCUCUACAGGCGUGGGAGAGGCUGCAGUACCCACAGGAGGCCGCUGGGAGCCGCCAGAGACAUAGAGAAGAGGAGGAGAGCCACAAGAGCUCGCAGUCUACAGCCCCCCUGCUCGCUGCUACCGCCCUGCUGGCCUAUUGCUACAGCAAGGAACCCACAAAUAAAGGUGAGCAGCUGCUGGAGGCCGCACGGACCGGUAACUUCAGGGAUGUGGACAGGUUACUGCAGGAAAAGGUGGACCCCAACUCGCGGCACAAACUCGGGUGGACCCCUCUCAUGGUGGCAGCGAUCGGGAGAAAUCGCAGUAUCGUCAAGUCCCUGCUGCAGGCCGGAGCGGAUCCAAACCUGGGCGAUGAGUUCUGCAGCGUCUACGAGACGGCGAAGGAGAAGAGCAUGCACUCGCUGGAAGUGCUGGUGACGCGGGAGGAUGAAUUCAGCAACCGGCUGAAUAACCGAGCCAGCUUCCAGGGCUGCACUGCUCUCCACUACGCCGUCCUGGCCGAUGACUACGGGACCGUGCAGGCACUUCUAGAGGGAGGUGCCAACCCCAUGCAGGAGAAUAAAAUGGGGCACAUCCCGCUGGACUACGCCCGGGAGGGAGAGAUGAAGAAGAUGCUGAAGGAAUUUGAGAGCAAGUUUCUGCUAGAACAGAGGAGACGAGACCUGGAAGAGCGGAGGAAAUUCCCCCUGGAGCAGCGUCUGAAGGAGCACAUAGUGGGGCAGGAGACGGCCAUUGCCACCGUGGGCGCAGCCAUCCGCAGGAAGGAGAACGGCUGGUACGAUGAGGAACACCCCCUGGUCUUCUUGUUUUUGGGCUCGUCCGGGAUAGGUAAAACUGAACUAGCGAAGCAGGCAGCGCGGUACCUACACAAGGACGUCAAGAAGGGCUUCAUCAGAUUGGACAUGUCAGAAUUCCAAGAGAGGCACGAGGUCGCCAAGUUCAUUGGGUCUCCCCCGGGUUAUGUCGGACACGAGGAAGGGGGGCAAUUGACCAAGAAGCUGAAGGAUUGCCCUAACGCGGUGGUGCUCUUUGACGAGGUGGAUAAGGCGCACCCCGACGUCCUCACCAUUAUGCUGCAGCUGUUUGAUGAGGGCCGGCUGACCGACGGUAAGGGGAAGACCAUUGAAUGUAAAGACGCCAUCUUCAUCAUGACCUGUAACGUGGGCAGCGAUGAGAUUGCCCAGCAUGCUCUGCAGCUGAGACAGGAAGCCCAGGAGCUGAAGAGGCGCAGGUUGGCGGAGAACCUAGAUGACAUACAGAUUGAGGAGAAGAUUACCAUUUCCAAACAGUUCAAGGACAACAUUAUCCGGCCCCUACUUAAGGCUCACUUCCGGAGAGACGAGUUCCUGGGGCGGAUUAAUGAGAUUGUCUUCUUCCUGCCCUUCUGCCGCUCCGAGCUGUCUCAGCUGGUCAUGAAGGAACUGAACUCUUGGGCCAAAAAGGCCAAACAGCGACACGAUAUCACGCUGCUCUGGGACCGCGAAGUGAUGGAUGUGUUGGCAGAUGGAUACAACGUCCAUUACGGGGCUCGCUCCAUAAAACACGAGGUGGAGAGACGGGUGGUGAACCAGUUGGCGGCUGCCUACGAGCAGGACCUCCUCCCGCAGGGGUGCACCCUGAGGAUUACCGUGGAGGACUCUGACAAGCACCUUCUUAAAGGGCCGGCCAAGGCCGACGGUGGGGAGAACACGAAGGUGCCUCGCCUGAGACUGGAAAUCGUGGAACAGGGCAGCAAGGGGCGGAAACUGGACAUCAUGGAGCCUCUGUCCCUAGAGGACGUUCCCUUUUCCUGACCUGCAAGCGGCUCGUCCACCUCUCCUGGUGGCGGCAUUGACGGCUGCGUUAUGUGGUCACUGUUGAAGAUUGGGAAGGAUCUGUAGUCUGGUAUUUGUGUGUGAUAGAGCAAGUGAGACACACGGUCCUAGGAGGGUUGUUGGGGUCUCCUAUAUGAACGCCGGUUGCAUGCUGGAAACUUAUGUGGUCACAGUCUGGGGCUGGUGGUGGGUCAUCGGGGACACAGUACGGGGGACACGUGUAAGCUUUUUUUCUCAAUUAAAUUAUUUUGAGUUAAAA